CAUCAACAAUGUGUGCGGGUCAAAGCAGUCUUUUGGUGUUAAGACGUGCCAUGCUGCCAUGCCUCGCUCUACUCCAAAGAGGGCAGCGAGGAGAGCAAAGCGAGUGAAGUACUCUCCUUUGGAUUGUGAAUCUCUUUGGGGUUGGCAGUCUGAUGAUGUUGCUUCUGCCGUUGACUGGGAGAAGCUGCAGAAGGCAUUUGACGACCUCACAGCUCCUGUACUUUGGGCGGAGAAGCUGACGUUUCAGAAGCUCUCCCAAUCCCUACCCCUGAGCUUCGCCUCAUCGGCCGGUUCAAAGAUGCCCCUGCUCUCAAUGCUCGGCAUAGACAGGACGGGGGCGGGUCCUUCACUCAAAGACUCUCCACACUUUGUGGUCUCCUCUGCUUUGAUGUUGCAAGCCUCGCCGGGAAAGGGUCGUGGCUGGUUUGCAAAAAGAACUUUGGAAGCUGGCACAUUGAUUUUGCUUGAAAGGCCCCUUGUUGCUAUAUUGGAUAAAGAAUGGCAGGAUGAGGUUUGGGCGGAUUGCUCCAGCGCUGACACCACUGCACUAGGCAUCGCGUUGGCGAGGUCUUUCUCGUCAAGCUUGGAUGCAGUGCUAAAGCCUUUCCAUCCGCAGGAGCCCACGAGGAACUCGAGUGCAGAGAGCGAAGAUGAGGAUGAGGAUGCUUUGGAAGGGAUGAAAGAGGCGACAUCUUCCGCCUGGCAGCAGCUCUCGCAGCUCUCGCAGGUCGCACAGCAGCGACUGCAAGAGGUUGUUCGCUUGAACGCUCUUGGUUUCUAUACCCAUUCCGAGCAGCUCUGUCACAACAGCAACUUCCUGCCACUCACGGGCAGUGGGCUUUUUGCCUUGGCCAGUGGUUUCAAUCAUUCUUGUGAGCCAUCCGUGCAGCGAUACUCCAUCGGCGACGUGACGGCCUUUGUCACCAAUCAAAAGGUGGAUGCAGGGACAGAGCUAUGCAUCACCUACAUUGAGUCGGAACUGCUUUGUGCGCCGAAGUCUUUGCGAAGCCAGUCUUUGAACCGCGACUUCAGCUGCAGUUGCAGAGCAUGUGGCCGAGCAGAUCCCGUCGUGCUGGGAGGCUCCAGGACAUUUAUCCGUGUGGAUGCUCAAGUGCAAGCGAGAUUAGCCUUGCUCCCUCCACAAGAACGGGUGGAAGCCAUUGAUGCAGCACUCGAAGGGCAGAUGGACGGAGAAGAGGCUGAAGAGGAGCAGCUGGAGCUUGACGAGGUGGAUGGUGGAGAGGAUCCCCAAGGCCCAAAGACCGUGCUUCUUGGAAAAGAUGCCCAAGAGCUUCGGGUGGUUCAGGCAAUCGCGUUCAUGCACUUGUGCCGAUGGGAAGAAGCUCUGCAGAACUGGCGACGCCUGGCAGCUUUCACUUGUCAUCAUUGUCCACCCUAUGAUGAAGCUCUAGCGGUGUAUGCAACCCAGGCCGCCCUUUGCGCUUUGGAAAUGAAGCGGGAAGAUGCUCCACUCUAUGUGAACCACUUGGGACGAACCACGCCACUUGCGUGUGAGCGAGCUCAUGGGGCCACUGCUUCAAUGGACUCUGGACUGAGCUCUGAGGUGAGGUUAGCAGUUGAAGCUCACAGGAUGGCCUUCGGCCUUGAGUGCUUGACGUGGAGAUACCAACGUGAGGUGGAGGAGUCCAUGGUGAGCAAGGAGGUCAAGGAAGCGUUUUGGAGCCGGAAGCCAAGCAGAAGCUUCAUUCGACUAUAG